AUGAGACGUGGAGAAGGGCCAAAGGUGGAAUUACGGUUUCUAAUAUCAACGAAAGCAGCAGGUGUUAUAAUAGGGAAAGGGGGUGAAAAUAUUAAAAAAAUCCGCGAGGAGUAUUCCGUUAAAGUUACCAUUCCCGAUAGCAACGGGCCUGAGAGGGUCCUUGUCUUGGAUGGCGACCUUGGAUCAAUCGUUGAAAUAUUCAGAGAGAAUCUUGAAAAGAUGCAAAGUAAUCGUGAAGAUGCGGUUGACUUGCGCUUACUUGUGCAUCAAAGUCAGGCAGGAUGUGUCAUUGGGAGAGGUGGAUAUAAAAUAAAAGAACUGCGUGAGCAAUCAGGUCUUCAUACACUCAAAGUAUAUCAGAUGCUGUGUCCUUGUUCAACCGACAGAGUGAUACAACUUGUUGGUGACGUUGGAAAAGUUAUUGAAUGCUUACGAUCCAUAGCUGAACUCCUUGAGGGCGCUCCGCCUAAAGGCUCUCGACAAAAUUAUGAUGCCCGCAAUGUAGAUGAGUCAAUGUCUCUUGAGUACGGAGGUUGGGGUUUAGGUAAUCAUGGAUCCGGUCUGAAUCUUGUUCGUGGUAGAAAUAAUGUUGCGAACACAAACUACGCUCAGAAUAAUAUACUCGCAACUGGAAUUUUUGGUGGUGGUGCUUCUGGAGCUACAGUGACAGGACGUGGAGGUACUCAGUCAGCAUCCGUGAAUCAGGCACUAGCUGGAGGUAUCCCUCAUGCAUCGGCAGCAGCCAUGCUUGCUGCGACCGGUGGUCAGACAGCAGGUGGACCAAAUGCUGGACCUGCAGGAGAUGCCGCCGCAACAGCGGCAGCAAUGGUAGCUGCAGGAUUUAUGAGAGGAUUGCCUAACCGUAUGGCAAUGAGUAUUUUGACGCCGACCACAAGCACUCAGGUUUCUGUUAGUAACAAGAUGAUUGGUGCUAUAAUGGGACGUUCCGGCUGUCGCAUAAACCAGGUUCGUCAUGAAUCAAACGCUGAUAUUAAAAUCAGUAAACAAGAACCAGGCGUUGAAGAUCGCAUUAUUACUAUAACCGGUACCCCUGAACAAAUCCAAAACGCUCAAUUCCUCCUUCAGAUGUGCGUUAAACGAUAUGGUGAUCAAAUGUGA